UGUAUCACUACAAUGGAUAUGGACGUAACCCUUCUCCGCAACACCCUUCCCGAAUUCGGACAAGAGCACCUUCUAGAUUUUUGGGACGACCUUAGCGACGAGCAACGACAAGCUCUCUACACCGAUCUCGCCUCACUAGACCUCGAAGACAUCACACGAGUGUUCCAGAACUCAAUGAAAUCAUCAGAGAAUUCACAAACAAAGAAAGACGACCGUCUCGAGCCAUUUCCCGAGGACAUGAUAGCGGCAGUAGCUUGUACUAGCGAUGAACAACUGGAUGAGUGGCGUUCCAUCGGUUUGGAACUGAUUUCUGAGGGUAAAGUUGCCGUCUUGCUAUUGGCUGGCGGGCAAGGCACGAGACUGGGUGUGGACUAUCCGAAGGGAAUGUACAGCGUUGAUCUCCCGUCCGGCAAGACGCUUUACCAAUUGCAGGCCGAGAGAAUACGGAAACUAGAGAUGCUGGCAGAGAAUGAGACAGAGAAAAGAGGAAAGAUCGUGUGGUAUAUAAUGACAAGUGAACAUACGGGAGAGAAGACUGAAGAGUUUUUUAGUGAUCACGGUUACUUUGGAUUGAAUCCAAAAGAUGUCGUUACGUUUGAGCAAGGCAUGAGGCCUUGCAUGACAUUUGAUGGUAAAGUGAUUUUGGAUGAAAAGUGGAAGAUAGCAAGAGCACCAGAUGGAAACGGAGGUUUGUAUCAAGCUGUUGCUGCAAAUGGAAUUGUAGACGACAUGAAGAGACGAGGCAUCGAAUGCAUGCACAUCUACUGUGUCGAUAACAUUCUUGUGAAGAUGGCAGAUCCGGUGUUUAUUGGUUAUUGCCACAGCAAACAAGCAGAUUGUGGGGCAAAGGUGGUUCAAAAGGCCUUUCCUACAGAAGCAGUAGGAAUUGUUUGCAAAUGCGAUGGGAAGUACCAAGUAGUGGAGUACAGUGAGAUUACGAUAGAAACAGCUCAGAAACGCAACCUGGAUGGUCGACUGACAUUCAACGCGGGCAACAUUUGCAAUCAUUAUCUCACAGUUGAAUUCAUGGAAUCAGUCAUUAGAGAAAAUGAGUCGAAAUUGAAGUAUCAUGUUGCCAAGAAGAAGAUUCCGUAUGUGGAUAAGUCAGGAAAAAGAAUAUCUCCUGACAAGCCAAACGGCGUCAAGUUUGAGAAGUUUGUCUUUGAUGUCUUUGAGUUUGCUUCAAAUUUUAAAUUGUUUGAAGUUUUACGGGAAGACGAAUUUUCUCCCCUGAAGAAUGGCAUUACAGCCGAGAAGGACACGCCCACAACGGCUCGUUCUGCUCUCAUGAGUCUUCACUAUCGUUACAUCCUUCAGGCAGGAGGAUCGUUUCGAGACAGUGGAGGUCAAGUGUUGCCACUUAUUCCAUUGAGACGAUCAAACAGUCAGUCAAGCUUUGAAGUAGAAUGUGAGAUAUCACCACUGCUGUCAUAUGCUGGAGAGGGACUAGCAAAGAUAGUUAGAGGUAACUGGUAUGAGCCCGGUCAUCAUUUCGAUGUCCUCGUGUCGCCAGUGAAAGGUAACGGCCACCUGCCACAACCACAGAAGAAGAAACGGAAGACUGAUGAACAAAAAUGACACUUUGAUGACGACUAGAGAUAAGAAGGUUCUUACUGGUUUUUUGUUUUUUUCAUACGAAUGUCACAUAAUGUUGGUUGAGUGGAUAAUAUUACUCAGCCUGAUAUACAUGUA